UGGCCAAUGAAAGCUCUGAUGGAGAUCCGAGUUUAUGGUUUGGCCGCCAGACUUUUUACACUACAAUACACACAGAGCAAGAUUACUACACGUUGUGCAACAAGGCAUAAGACUCAGCAGUGACUUAAUCUGAAAAGCUGCUUUUCUCAACCUGAAGAAAUGAUUCGCAUCAAUGAGAGGAGAUGCAAGGAACGGUUCUACGAGGGGGAGCACCUAAAGAUUUGGGAUCUCCAAAGAUAUAGAAUACCGAACAACUACAUCUAUAACUCAGUCCCAGCUUAUCCUGAGGGAGUGGAAUUUCACAUUUCAAGGCUUCGGCAUGACACUAACCUCCGAGGAUACCAUGGCAUCUGUAAUUCUUCAGGGUUUAAAAAGCCGACAGAAAGCGACUCACCUGAACGUGAUCUUGUAUGGUGGAGCCCAGACAUUUCCAGACGUGAUAUUACAGCUGCUGAGGAGCAAUACUUGGAUAAGGAAGAGAUUGAGUACCCAGAGAAACAAUUCCUGCACAAAUUUACAUCUUCCCCAGCCUUUCUGUCCUCCUCUCGGCUGGGGAACUUCCGUUUCAGCAUGCCAAUCCAUGACUUGUUUGAGAGCUACAAGGAACAGUUCUGUGCAGACCUAAGGCCCCACAUUCGCAUUUUUGAGACUGUGGUGUAUAAGCAGGAAGUGAUGUAUUCUAUUGUGAUUCACUCACCUUCUGCAAGAGACCUGUUUUCGAAGUAUCCUCUGCUCAAGGAUACUCCCAAUGCAGUAUGUGUGUUUCGUCAUGGCAACAUUAUCUGGCGUCCACAGGCAAUGAGUAAAAGACACAGUUUCCGACUGUCUUGUAACAUGCAAGCUAUCCGGAUAGCAACAGCGUACAGGGAAGAUUACGUGUGGGACAACAUUGGAGUGGCAUUUCAUGUUCCACAUGGAAAAACCUUGAGCUUCACUAAGAAAACUCUGACUAAGAGUUUAAGACUCUGUAAAGGAGCUGAACCAAAAAGUCACAAUGAAGAGUUUGUGACAUGUGAGUUUGACCUGAUCAGACCAUAGAGUGAAUAUGCCAAAUGACCCAUUACUGCAUUGCUUUCUCCUUUUGUUUUCACAUUUUAUUUGCAUUGUUUUCUCUUAUUUUAGUGUGUGUAGAAUGUCUAAGUGGAAGCAUCUGUUUGUGAAUUUCAAAGUAUUGUAUGAGUGGAAUCUCCUCUCAUUCUGUUCCUGAUUUAGUCUGCAGAGAUAUUCUAACUACACAGAAAAAGAUAGAGGGAAAAAGAUUUCUUCAUUAUGUAAGAUAGACGUUUUUAUUCCACACUUUAAUUGAACCAGUCACUGUUAAAUUGAAAUGUAGAAGUUAAGAAGUUAUUUAAAAGUUAUAGAGGCUAUAAAUACAGCACUCAGCAUAAUUGAGUACACCCCAUUUUGAAAAUGAAUAUUUGUAUCCAUUUCUCAGUGAUUAUAGGCAAUGUAAUUUGUUGCAUUUAAACAAAACAGUUAUUGAUUAGUUAUUGAUUAGUAUUAAUUAGUUAU